CUUUCCCGUCUUUCUAUCCUUCAUCGCCUUCCUGCCGACUUUCCACGACCUGGAAACAACGUUCAUUGUUCCCAUUUCAGGUUAUCCCAUUCCUCAACCUCGUUAGUUGUUUACUUCCAUCAAAAUCAAAAUGCCCGCGAUGCCUUGGGAUGAAGAAGAUUGGGAUAAUCUUUCCUGGGAAGAGAAGCUUGAGAGAAUUAAAGAAUGGAUUAGCAGAAAUCGCACUCAAGCUGCAGGCAUCGGGCUGGGUCUAGCAGGAGCGACAAUAGUCGCUGCCCCUGCUCUAAUCACCGCACCUGCUGUGGGUGCUUUGGGUGUACUUGGAUUUGGCUCUGGUGGCAUUGCAGGAGGCUCUUUAGCAGCAGGAGUACAAGCAAUUAUUGGGAACGUCGCAGCUGGAAGCUGGUUUGCCUCUCUCACAAGCACUGCAAUGGGCGGAUACGGACUCGCUGGCCUCACGACUGCCGUUCAGUCGGCCGGAGUUUGUACAUCGGCGGCCGGGAUCGUAACAGCUAUUAUGAAUGGAAAUGGACGUGAAGACGACGGAAAUACAGAUAAAGCCGGUCCCCCAAGCCCGAAGGGGCCGAAGGAUGAUGGAGACGGGUCAGAGGCAGAGAAGACUCCUCGUGCGAACCAGGAUGGACACCACGACAAGGACUUCGAUGGGGAGACCGCAUUGUUGGAUGAUUCUGAGACCUCUGAUGAAGAGUCCUUCAUACAACUCCGUUAAAAUUCUCCAACCGAUCAGCGUAUGAUCACAGAUUUUGGAGAAGCUUUGCAGAUUGGCUCCUACGCAAAACCAACACAAACGGCACACCGACCAUUCGGAAGAACGCUGAUAGAGGCAAGGCGAGCUUCUGUGACCUACACCCCACAAAAGAAUCCAGAUACAGUACCCAUUGUUAUCAGGACUUACAAAUUGCGCACUCAUAAGAUUGGGCUCAAGUUAGGCGGUAGUGGAUCUGACGGAGAAAUAAUUUCAGGUAGAAUGGAUACCAUAGCACCACUGCAGUGAUGAUGCAUGGAUGCAUGAGGCCCGAGGGAACAUGAAUUCUACAGAUGCAGAUGUCCUGCAGAAAUCCAUUAACAAACGCGCUUGUCCAACGGCGGCAGGC